UCCGGAAGCCGCUCUCCUUCGUCUUCCUCGUUGGUCUCCUGUCACAAUGGCGCUGGCCGUCUUGCGGGUCCUGGAGCCCUUCCCGACCGAGGCACCCCCGUUGGCGGUGCUGCUGCCCCCCGGGGGCCCGUGGCCUGCGGCGGGGCUGGGCCUGGUGCUGGCCCUGCGGCCCGCAGAGGAGAGCCCCGCAGGGCCGGCGCUGCUAGUGGCUGCCCUGGAGGGGCCGGGCGCGGAGACCGAAGAGCAGGGUCCAGGGCCCCCGCAGCUGCUGGUUAGCCGCGCGCUGCUGCGGCUCUUGGCUCUGGGCUCCGGGGCGUGGGUGCGGGCGCGGCCCGUGCGGCGCCCUCCGGCGCUGGGCUGGGCGCUGCUUGGGACCCCGCCGGGGCCCGGGCUGGGACCGCGAGUCGGGCCGCUGCUGGUGCGGCGCGGAGAGGCCCUGCCAGUGCCCGGACCGCGGGUGCUGGAGACGCGGCCGGCGUUGCAAGGGCUGCUGGGCCCAGGGACGCGGCUAGCUGUGACUGAGCUCCGUGGGCGGGCCAAACUGGGUCAGGAGGCUGAGGACAGCAGCCGGCCCCCACCCCCACCCGUGGUGUCCUCCUUCGCGGUUAACCGCACAGUCCGGCGACUCCGGGGAGUUCUGGGAGGGACUGGAGAUUCACUGGGAGUUAGCCGGAGUUGUCUCCGUAGCCUGGGCCUCUUCCAGGGCGAAUGGGUGUGGGUGACCCGAGCCGGAGAGUCGUCGAACACUUCCCAGCCACAUUUGGCCAGGGUGCGGGUCCUAGAGCCUCGCUGGGACCUGUCUGAAAGGCUGGGACCCGGCUCUGGGCAGCCGGGAGAGCCCCUCGCUGACGGACUAGCCCUCGUGCCUGCCACUCUGGCUUUUAAUCUCGGCUGUGAUCCCCUGGAAGUGGGAGAGCUCAGAAUUCAGAGGCACUUGGAAGGCUCCAGCACCCCUGAAGACAAAGGAAGCUGCUCAGUGCUGCCUGGGCCUCUGUUUGCCAAAGAGUUACACAUCGAAAUUGUGUCCUCUCCCCACUACAGCACCAACGGAAAUUAUGACCAUGUUCUUUACCGGCACUUUCAGACACCCAGGGCAGUCCAGGAAGGGGAUGUUCUGUGUGUGCCAACAGUUGGGCAAGUAGAGAUCCUGGAAGGAAGCCCAGAGAAACUGCCCAGGUGGCGGGAGAUGUUUUUUAAAGUGAAGAAAACUGUUGGGGAAGCUCCGGAUGGGCCAACCAGCGCCUACUUGGCAGACACCACUCAUACCUCUUUGUACUUGGUGGGCUCUACCCUGAGCCCUGUCCCAAGGCUCGCUUCAGGAGAAUCCACUCCCUGGAAUAGCUUGUCUCCUCCAGGCCUGGAGACCUUGGUGACUGAGCUCUGUGCUGCCCUGAAGCCUCGCCUCCAGCCAGGAGGUGCCCUGUUGACAGGAACCAGCAGUGUCCUUCUCCGGGGUCCCCCCGGCAGUGGCAAAACCACAGCUGUCACUGCAGCCUGCAGCCGCCUUGGGCUCCACCUGCUGAAGGUGUCCUGCUCUAGCCUCUGUGCAGACAGCAGCGGGGCUGUGGAGACGAAGCUGCGGGCUGUCUUCUCCCGGGCCCGGCGCUGCCGGCCUGUGGUUCUGUUGCUGACAGCCGUGGACCUUCUGGGCCGGGACCGUGAUGGGCUAGGUGAGGAUGCCCGCGUGGUGGCCACGCUGCGUCAGCUCCUCCUUGAUGAGGAACCCCUCGCCAGCUGCCCGCCCCUGAUGGUCGUGGCCACCGCAAGCCAGGCCCGGGACAUGCCCGCCGACGUGCAGACAGCGUUCCCUCACGAGCUGGAGGUGCCCGUGUUGUCAGAGGGGCAGCGGCUCAGUGUCCUGCGGGCCCUCACCGCCCACCUCCCUCUGGGCCAAGAGGUGAACCUGACGCAGCUGGCGCGGCGGUGUGCGGGCUUCGUCGUAGGGGAUCUCUAUGCCCUUUUGACCUACAGCGCCCGGGCAGCCUGCACCAGGGUCAAGAACUCGGGGCUGGCAGGUGGCUUGAGUGAGGAGGAGGAGGGGGAGCUCUGUGCUGCCGGCUUUCCUCUCCUGGCUGAGGAUUUCGGGCAGGCACUUGAGCAGAUGCAGACAGCCCACUCCCAGGCCAUUGGAGCCCCCAAGAUCCCCUCAGUGUCCUGGCAUGAUGUGGGCGGGCUGCAGGAGGUGAAGAAGGAGAUUCUGGAGACCAUUCAGCUCCCUCUAGAGCACCCUGAGCUGCUGAGCCUGGGCCUCAGGCGCUCAGGUCUUCUGCUCCAUGGUCCCCCCGGCACGGGCAAGACCCUCCUGGCCAAGGCAGUAGCCACUGAAUGCUGCCUCACCUUCCUCAGCGUGAAGGGGCCUGAGCUCAUCAACAUGUACGUGGGUCAGAGUGAGGAGAACGUGCGAGAAGUGUUUGCCAGGGCCAGGGCUGCGGCUCCGUGCAUUAUCUUCUUUGAUGAGCUGGACUCGCUGGCCCCAAGCCGGGGGCGAAGUGGAGACUCUGGAGGUGUGAUGGACAGGGUGGUGUCUCAGCUCCUGGCUGAGCUGGAUGGGCUUCACAGCACUCAGGAUGUGUUUGUGAUUGGAGCCACCAACAGACCAGACCUCCUGGACCCUGCCCUUCUGAGGCCUGGCAGAUUUGACAAGCUGGUGUUUGUGGGGGUGAGCGAGGACCGCGCCUCCCAGCUACGUGUUCUAAGUGCCAUCACACGCAAAUUCAAGCUAGAGCCCUCUGUGAGCUUGGUGAACGUGCUGGAUCGCUGCCCUCCCCAGCUGACGGGUGCAGACCUCUAUUCCCUCUGCUCUGAUGCCAUGACAGCUGCCCUCAAACGCAGGCUCCGGGACCUGGAGGAAGGGCUGGAGCCUGGGAGCGCGGCACUGCUCCUCACCAUGGAGGACCUGCUGCAGGCUGCUGCCCGGCUGCAGCCCUCGGUCAGCGAGCAGGAACUGCUGCGGUACAAGCGCAUCCAACGCAAGUUUGCCGCCUGCUAGGAGCCUCCCGCGAUCCGGGACCCUGCCCGCAAGGGCUGAAGGCCAGCUCCGGCUCCAAGACUAAAGACCCUCUGCUCAGGAGGAGGAACUUGGGCCUGGAUGGAGCUCUGGGGAUUGCUCCCCACCCCCACCCCCGAGUCUUGGCUGAAAAUAAAGUAUAUGCUGCCCCCUG